GAAAAAGCCGGCCAAGGUGUUGUAGUUGCGUAAUGGCAGUGCUGAUUUUAUUUUACUGUAACUCCUAUUUCCAAUCUUCUUAAACUUUUAAAUGUACUGAAAUUAACCAGUCAGAAAUUAUCCAAAUGGCCGUAAGUGGCGAAAGGCUGGGGAAGUCAGGUACUACUUGUGUUAGUAGUGAUUUACCAUUAAAUAAUGCAAACACCCAUAAUAUUGGCAAGAAUAGUUUAGUAUCUAAUUGGUCCGAUGCUGCCAUUCCACAAAUUUCCACUAUCCGAUGUCAAGCGAAUCAACCACCAUUAUCUUCAUCACCUACACUGGGUGCAUGUGGUGCUAUUUAUGGUCAGCUGGUCACAGCCGACCAAUUAUGUCAGUUGGAACAGCAUUCAACUACGAAUGCAAAUGAUGAGAUUGCUAAGCCAAUUGACGGUGCACAAAAAAAGGCUAAUCUAUCCCUAACUAGCACAAAACCAACAACAUAUGAAAAUAAAGUUCAAAAAACGGUAUCAAUAAUUAAUCCUAACCUAACCACCGGCACAAAUGUUUGUCAACCUGCUUCUCAUGUAGUAGUGACUCAGUCAGCCUAUGCUAAUUUAGAUCCAACAAUCACUAAAUUACAACAACAACAACAUACCAAUCGAGAUAGUCAUCAACCUAUGGAAUUAUCUCAUUCACUUGGUUCAGAUCCAUUCAUAUUUUCAUGUCAUUCUGAUAUUCAACCAACUGCUAUGGAUUUGGGCGGACAACCAGGCAGUCCAUCAUUGUCAAAAGUUCUUACAAAUGUAGUAACAUCUAGUUGUUGUUCACUUCAAAGUAGUACAUCACAAAGUGGAUUAAAUACUUAUUGUUAUCCUGUUUUUCCAUUUCCUAUUUCUACUACUACCGCUGCUGCUGCUGAUGAAAUGAUUUGUAAUUCCACAUCAUGUAAUCAUGUCGUCAAAGAUGCUGGAUUAGGCAGUAAUAAUACUACUACUACCAAUACUUCUACUACCCGCAGUACAAUAGUUACACAUUGUGAACCAGUAAUCAGUGUUACUAAUCAAUUCCCAUGUCCACGUGACUUAGAACAACGACCUGUUAUCAAAAUGUCAGUAAAUUUAAUUCGAACUUAUAAAAAUAUUAAUGAAGUUUACUAUCGAAAGAAACGUCGUAUUAGAGAACAAAUUGGUGAGGAUAGUAUUCAAAAAAGAGAUCGUAAAGGUUCUGUUACAUUUUUGUCCAAUGGAAAUUCCAUUACUUACGGUAACGGAGGUUCAGCCCCCUCAUGUCAACAUGGCUCUACUGGUAGUUUAACAGGAGUGAAUGUUGCAUCUGUAACGAAUACAGCUGCAUUAACAUGCUACUAUCAUCAUCAUUAUCAUCAUCACCAUCAUCAUCAUUGUGUGGCACCACAAUCCACAUUGUCAUCACAAGUUCCUAUGUUGCCUCCACAUCGAUGUGGUAUUGGUUGUACUACUACCACUACUACUACUAAUAAUAAUAACAAUCUUGUAGCAGGCUCUACUUGUACAUCUUCUACAGAAUCACAAACACGUUCAUCCGGAGUCAAUGGAAUAAUCCAGUCACGACAUCAAGGACCUCCGCUUGUUCAAAUGAAACAUCAUCAUCAUCCAACUGUUCUUCAUUCUAAUCAACAUUCUAUUUCUAAAAAUCUAAUUCCUUCACAUCUCUCUCAUCAUUCUCAACAACAACAGCAACAACAACAUAUCUAUGAUCAAGGUUCAUCAUCAUUGCCUUCUUGUAAUCCGCCUAAAUCGUAUGCAUCAACUAAUUUGAAUGUAGUUCCUACUACUACUGCUGCUGUUGCAGCUGCAGCUUCUGGGCUACGUACUACUGGUGGACUUACAACAACUGCUACGAGUGGUGUUGUUGGUGGUGGUGGUUCGUCACUCUAUUCUUGUCAAUUACAAUCAAAUUCUGUUUGCCAGUCAGUAUCAGCCACGUCAUCUGUAUAUCCGCCGCCGCCGUUGCCUCAUCACCAUCCUCAUGGACUUGUACGUAUUGGUGAUGUUUGGUGUAAUCGUUAUAAAAUUCUCGCCUUAAUUGGUAAAGGUACAUUUGGUCAAGUUGUUCGUGCUUUUGAUGAAUUAACCGGCGAAGAAGUUGCUAUUAAAGUAAUUAAAAAUAAACGUUCUUUUGUACAACAAGCUGAAGUAGAAAUUAAAUUACUGCGUGAAAUGUCUAUAUUUCAAUCAAAUGAACAAUUAGCUGCAGAUGUUGGAGCUAAUUACAUUGUGAAUUUAAAAGGACAUUUCAGUUAUCAUGGUCAUUUAUGUUUAGUAUUUGAAUUACUCUCCUAUAAUUUAUAUGAUUUACUUGGUAAUACAAAUUAUCGUGGUGUUUCAUUAAAUUUAACAAGAAAAUUUGCUCAACAAUUAUGCGCUGCAUUAGUAUUUCUAUCCAGAUCCGAUGUACAUGUGAUACAUUGUGAUUUGAAACCGGAAAAUAUACUAUUAGUGAAUCCAAAACGUUCAGCUAUUAAAGUGAUAGAUUUUGGUAGUUCAUGUCAUGUUCAUGAAAAAGUCUAUCAAUAUAUUCAGUCAAGAUUUUAUCGCUCUCCAGAAGUAUUGUUCAAUUUGGAUUAUGGUUUGGGCAUUGAUAUGUGGUCAUUGGGUUGUAUUUUAGUUGAAAUGCAUACUGGUGAACCAUUGUUUUGCGGAGCAAAUGAGCUUGAACAAUUGUUACAAAUUAUUGAAGUACUUGGUUUCCCACCGGUGUAUAUGAUUGAAGCUAGUCCUAAAUUAUCAACUUUCUUUGAAUGUAUACCGGUGAAUGUAAAUCCUGCCUUGUCAGAAACAAUACCGAAUGCAAUCAGUACUUCAUCUUGUUCCACUGAUAACAUUGGUGAUAGCUUGGCUACGAAUAAUAAUAAUAGUAGUAACAACAACACUAAUCCAACCUCUAAUCCUACAACAACAAUACUAUCUACAGUAUCGACAACCACUUAUGGUACAUUGACAACUUCGCUUGCUACAACUACAAUAGCUGGUGAAGAAAGUGCAUUGGCAGCAGCAAAAACACCAUCAACCACAGCUACCGUUUUGCCUUCAUCAAAACAUACUACUCAUAUUACUACUAGUAGUUCAAUCGGUGGUGUUGAUAGUGUUUGUCAAAGUUCCAAUAUUAGUAGUACAAAUGUGAGAAAUUCAAUCACAUGUAAUGUUACAAAUAACUGUGAUAAUCAGAAUAAUAAUAAUAAUAAUAACAGUAACUCGCAUACAUCAAAUAAUAUAGCGGAUAAAUCGAAUUCAGGCGUAUUAUUAUCAACAUCUGGAACGGUAUUUUACAAACCGAAACGUAUAUGGACUAAACAAGAGUGUACUUAUGAGUGUAAAUUCUCUGGAGUUGGAACAAGAACAUUGCGUACAGUUGUUGGCGCUGAUAUUGGUGGACCUAAAAGUUGUCGUCGUGGAGAACAAGGUCAUACACCGGAAGAUUAUGAUAAAUUUGUUGAUUUAAUUCAACGUAUGCUAGUGUAUGAACCAAGAUUUCGUAUUCGUCCAGAAGAAGCUCUGACACAUCGAUUUUUCACUCGUAAAGAUGAAAGUGGUCAACAGAAACAAAAUACCAAUAGCAGCACUUCUACAACCAUUUCAACAGCUAAUCCACCUCCAACUCGUCCAAUAACAACAACAACAACAGCAACAAGCAGUGUAGUUGUUAGUAGUAGUAGUAGUAGGGCUACCACUGCUAAUACGUCGAUCACUGAUCCCAGUACAAAUACCGUAUCCCUUUCCUGUCAGUCUAUUACCGCCAACAACAACAACAACAACAACAAUAAUAAUAAUAAACAAUCUCCUUCUGCUAAUUUUGAGCAGUGUACUCAUGAAAAAUUCCCCAGCAUUGGUAGCAAUAGUAGUAGUACUGUUGUUGCUAAUGCUACCACUACUACUACUACUACUACUACUAGUACUACCACAUCGCAUCAACAUCAUCGUCAUAAUUCAGGCCAAGAAACAAUGAAUGCAUCUUAUUUAACAUUUGUUCCAAAUCAAGAAAUUAAACAACUGCCUGGACCGAUCACUACUACUUCUACUACAGCCACCGCCAUAGCAACGUCGACACCCGACUAAAAUAUCCUUAUGUAUACAAAAAUAACAAGUACUAUACAUAUAUAUAGUGGAAUGGCUGCAAUCUAUCAUUGUUUGUUUGUUCGUUUGUUCUGUUGUUGUUGUUGUUGUAGUUGUUAGAGUAUUUGACACUCACUGGUGUGUUGCUCUCGUUUAGGUGAUCAUUUCAUCGAUUCAUUGAUAAUAUUUACCUGCCUAAUUCAUUCAAUUUACUAGUCCUUUUCUCGCUCUCUCUCUAUCUCUUAUAUUUAUCUUCUGUUAUUACGUAUUGUAUUAAAAAAAAAAUAACACAGACUGAUCGAUUUUGAUCUUUUAUUCUCUUUUAUACAACAACAACUACUACUACUACUUGUUGUUACGAAUAGAGAGAACAUUCACUGAAUUUUUCUGCUGAGCAAUUGUCCUGCCCCCAAUCUUCAAUGUAUGAUUUGUAUGCUGUGAGUGCAUGCUUAACAUACAUGUUUACUUUUAUUGUUUGUUUGUUUGUUAUACACAUAAUACCCCGGUUUCUCAAUAGUAGUAGUAGUAGUAGUUAAUAGUCGUAGUAGCUGAUUCUAUUCUCCUUUCUUGUAUUCAAUAUUCUGCGCAUUAUGUCACUGAUAUAUACAUUGAACACACAAUUAACUAACUAUCUAUCUAUAUCUAUCUUUCUAUUUCUAUUAUGCUAUGUGAUUGAGUAUUUAAUCCCUUGCUCCUCUCCGCCUCGCCUCGCCCCGCUCCGCUCCGCUUCAAACUCUUUUUUUAUAGUGUAUCCGCCCAUCGUACGGAAUCCUGUUGAAUCAAUCAGUCAAUCAAUAUCUAACAUAACACAACAUAAUAUGCUG